AUGGAAUCAAUACAUAAUUCUACAAGUGAAAACGCAGAACCUUCGAAAGGAGGUAUAAUUGAAUUUGAGAAAUCGCCUCAGAUUGAGUCUAAGGCAAUACAGGAUGAUAGUACAGUAAGAAUUCCCAUGGGGAAGGCAAUUAAUGAUAAUGAUAAUGCCAUUCAUGAUUCAUUAAUGUCACCACUAAAUGAAUUCUCUUGUGAAAUGUGUCGAAAUUAUGAAUCGAUUUUAACUAAAUUGCAGGAUGGCGAGAGAGAUUUAAAAGAACAAUUAAUAGCCGCACAGCAUCUUGUUGAGCGCUAUAAAACUGAAUUAUCUGGUGAGCGGCAAUUCAGAAAUGAACUGGAUACGAAAAUGAGCAGUUUGAGCAGCGAAGCGGGUAAGGAAACGAAAAUUAUGGAUGAUGUCAAUGAAGAAAAUCAAAAGAAUUUAGCAAAAUUAGAAGAAAGAUAUGAAAGUUUAUAUCAGCUUCAAAGGAGCAAGCUUCAGACUUUAAAAGAAAAAUUAAAAUUCAUGGAUAGCGAAAUGCAGAAAAUGAGUAAAAAAUAUUCGAAGUUAUGUGGUGUAAAUAGGAAAUGUGCUUCGGAAAUGCAAGCUCAAGCCAUUGAACUGCCUCAAGAUAUCGAUCAACUUCAAUUUCUUUGCCUUCAGCUUCGAGAAGAACUUAUUGAAACUCGCGCUAUUAAAGAACACAUUGAGACGGAAUUGAAGGAUGAAGUAACAAUGCUUCAAGUUCAGAGAAAAGAGGACGAGAUUGCGAAACAUCGCCUAGCUCAAGCAUUGACUGAUCAGGUUAAUGGCGUAAGUGAAGAAUUGGGUUUAGCUCGAAGUCAGUUAAGUUCACUGCAUAAUGUAUCUGAAAAAGCCGAAGAGAUGGAAAGGCGAAUGGGGGAUUAUCGUUCCUUUAUUGAGGAUUUAGAAAAACAAAUUAAAUCGAUGCAAAAAGAUAGAAGCGAACUUGAAAUAACGCUUGCUUCAUAUAAACAGAGGUGUACCGCUUUACAACAAGAAUUAGAUACUUCGGAAGCGGUACAGAAAGAUUUCGUAAAAUUGUCGCAAAAUUUACAAAUCGAAUUGGAAAAAAUUCGCCAAGCAGAGCAGGAAGUCCGAUGGCAGUUCGAUGAAGACGUUUUUGCUUGCAAUCAUUGCCAAAGCAUAUUCACAAAAAGUCGUUCUAAACUACAUUGCCAGCAUUGCGGUAAAAUUUUCUGUUCGGCUUGUCUCACAUUCACAGUUCCAAGUGGACCACAUCGUCGUUUGGCUAAAGUGUGCCAGGUGUGCCAUACACUUCUUAGCAGGGACACUGCUCCUUUCUUUUCUCAUACAGUUCACGACUCAUCUUGA